GUGUGGAUCAUUCUUGUUGCAGAAAUUGCAUGGAAAAUGAAUGAAACUAGAAUGGGAAAUCCACAUGUUCUGGUCAUUCCUUAUCCUGCACAAGGUCAUGUAAUUCCUCUAAUGGAGCUUUCACAAUGUCUGGCCAAUCAUGGCUUCAGAGUUACAUUUGUGAACACAGAAUAUAAUCACAAGCUCGUCAAGAAUGCACUGUCAGCAAAGGAAGAUAUGUGGGGUCAAAUUCAUCUUGUUUCUGUCCCAGAUGGGUUGGAAUCAUUGGAGGAUAGGAAUAAGCCUGGAAAGAUUUCAGAGGCAAUAUUGAGAGUUAUGCCAAGAAAUGUAGAGAGGCUCAUUGAGAAGAUUCAUGGAUCAGCUAUUGACAAAAUCAGUUGUGUUCUUGCUGAUCAAAGUAUUGGUUGGGCCUUGGAAAUUGCAGAGAAGAUGGGAAUCAAGAGAGCGGCUUUCUGUCCUGCUGCAGCUGCACUUUUGGUCUUGAGUUUGAGCAUACCAAAGCUCAUUGAUGAUGGAAUUAUUGAUUGUGAAGGAACUCCCACAAAAAAGCAGAUAAUUAAGUUGUCACCAACCAUGCCUGAUAUGAACACAGCAAACUUUGUAUGGGCCAGCAUUGGCAAUAAGAAUGCACAGAAGAAUAUUUUUGAACUCAUGGUCAAUAACAACAGGUCUUUGAAAUUAACAGACUGGCUGCUUUGCAACUCAAUUUAUGAACUUGAGGCUGCAGCAUUCUCCUUGGCUCCGGAGAUCCUGCCCAUAGGCCCCCUUUUGGUUAGUACCCGGCUUGGAGACACAGCAGGAAAUUUCUGGCCUGAGGAUUCCACUUGUUUGAAAUGGCUGGAUGAACAACCACCAAAAUCAGUCAUAUACAUUGCAUUUGGUAGCAUGACAGUUUUUGAUCCAAUCCAAUUUCAGGAAUUAGCUAUGGGGCUUGAAAUAUGUAACAGGAAAUUCCUGUGGGUUGUGAGGCCUGAUGUUAUAGAAAAAAUAAAUGAUGCCUCCACAGAAUCAUUUCAGGAAAGAGCUGCCACUCAUGGGAAGAUAGUUAGUUGGGUACCUCAACAGAAGGUUUUGAGACAUCCUUCAAUUGCUUGCUUCAUAAGUCACUGCGGAUGGAACUCCACCAUGGAAGGUGUAAGCAAUGGUGUCCCUUUCUUGUGCUGGCCUUAUUUCGCUGAUCAGUUCCUCAACCGCAGCUACAUUUGUGAUGUGUGGAAGGUUGGAUUGGGAUUUACUCGAGACGCGAAAGGGAUCAUCACACGAGAUGAAAUCAAGAGUAAGGUGGAGCAACUACUAGAGAAUGAAGAGUAUAAAGAAAAGGCCUUGAAACUCAAGGAAAUGGUGUUGAACAACAUCGAGGAAGGGGGUGAAUCUUAUAAAAAUUUUAAGAAUUUCAUUGAAUGGUUAAAGACAUAAGUGAAUUCUCCACGUAAAUUUUCAAACUUGAAUUUGUACCUGACUUCUUUGAAUAACCAUUAA